GUCGCUGCUUCUUUGCCCAGCCGAGAGGAUUGCGUAAUUUCUUCCACACGUCGUCCAUACAAACCGGCCCUGCUAGGAAAGGAAUAAGCUAUUUUGGAGUCUGACUUUGCUGCUUAGUUUAGGGAGCAGUCAGGAAUGAAAGGGCCGAGUUCGGCCCAUCGCGAGGCCUUGCUGCCCACGGACGGGCAUCCGCUGUCGGAUGAUGAGAGCACAACAAGUGGGAUGCCAGGCGGCAGUGCAAUGACACCGUCGGGAUCGGGGCAGGCAGCGGCGGUGUCCGAGCGGGGGACCCUACCCCAGCCUAACCCAGGCGCGGCGGAGCUGCUUCCUCCGACGGCAACCGCGGCGUUGCCGUCACACGCUGCGGGCGCAGUAACCAGCUCAGGCGGUGCCGCAGAAUCGGCCUGCACGGCCUCUGCGGCCUCAGCGCUGGCGCCGGCGGCCUCCUGUGGUAGCGUCGCGCGGCUUCGGAGUAACUCUGGGCUUGGCGGGGCUCCGGGGGAGUGCCGGAUCUGCCUGCUGUCCGAGCCGGCCUCCGACCUGGUGACGGCUUGCCACUGCACCGGCAGUCUGCAGCUGGUGCACCUGCAAUGCCUCCGGACGUGGGUGAUGGAGAAGCGCUCCAUACACUGCGAGCUCUGUGGCACCAUGUACCGGGAGCCGUACGGGAGCGACCUGGCGGCCAGUAUACCUCCGGCGCCGCAGCCGCAACCCGUGCCGCGGAGAUUCAUCACUCUGGACGGCCAGUCCGUGAUCGUCAUGCCCAUGGGCGUGGGCCUGGGUCCGGGCGGCUCCGCCAUCCACAUGGGGCCGCUGCUGCAGCACGCCGCGUCUGGAGCGGGUGGCGGCAGCAUGGCGCGAGGCGGCCCGAGCGCAGGGGCUGCCGCCCUCAUGGCGUCCGGCGGCGCGGUGGCGGACCCUCGUGACCUGGAGCCGCAGCCGCUGUGCGAGUGGCGCAACAUGUGGUCCUACGUCCUCAUCCUGUUGCUGCUCCUGUUUGCCAUCAUAUACGUAACCGUCAUCUCCAAACGCGGCAAGCAGGAGCCGUGGAUGAUGACGCUGUGGCAGGUGCUGCUGGUGGUGCUGCCCAUCUACCUGGUGCUGCGUGUGGCAUUCGACCUGUACCGCCACCGACUGGCGCAGCAGCUGGCGGCGGCCAACCUGCAGGCCAUGGCUCUGGCCAACGCGGCGGUGGACGCGGCGGUGGCGGGCUCCCCACACGGCGGCGCCGGCGGACCCCGGGAGGUCAUCAUCACGCGCUCCGGUAACCGGGUGCUGGUGCUGCAGCGGGCGGCCUAGGGGCGCGGCUCGAUCGCGACUGGGCGUGCCCGGCCAUGCACAUAGUUAUUGCGUACUCCGCUAUUGUUGCUGCAUACUGUUUUGUAAUUGUGAGGAAAUGUAGGUAAACGGUAGUGCUGAGCUGUAUUCAUUCUUGCUGGAUGGACUACCUGUACAUACGGUAGACAUUUGGGGGGUUGCAAGGAUUGGUACAGAGAAGGGUAGCGUGGUAGACAGCAGGUGUGGUGUUGGCGGGAUGACCGCCGGCGUCCAUAGGUCCAGCGCCAGAGCUCGCCGUGGCGUCCCGUUUUGAGCUGGCUAUACCUAAUUCUAGAAGUAGUGCUCAGUGAAAGGUGUACAAGCGCGUGUGCGCAUAGUAAGCUGCUAAAAACGUCGGUGUUCGUGGUUUAUUUGAAGAAAUCUCGUGCGUUGUGCCGCGAACUUUGAGGCUGCUCGCCUUUCGGGGGGGGAUGUCCCUGGCGCCUGUGUGGGCAGCUCCUAGGUGAGCUCAAUUGGUGCUGGUACAUUGGUCGGUUGGUCCCGCCGUCUCUCUGUGCAGCGUUCUUAGGCAUGUGGUCUACGGCCGCUCUGUAUCAUCAUUCGCGAAGAACAUCAUGGGCAUGCGCCCCUAGACUGCAGCCGCAUACAGGGGGCAUUUUGU